AUAAAAAAUUAAUAGUUCUAAAUCCGUGAGAGCUUGACCUUAAGCAAACAAUAUCAUACUAAUGCGGUGUUGAGGUGAAGGUAUGCUCAGUCCCAACAUUGGUAUCAAAGUCCAGGUUCGUGCGGGCAAGAAUGGUGGACUGUGCUAUGUAGAGUUCUUGGUUUCCCUCUUGCCGGGGCCAAAGUGCCCCCGGAGAUGCAAGACCCCGACGUCGGUGAGAAUCGAUUGCUAUAUGAGUGGCUAUUUGACAAUCCAGAAGUUGUGGGCAGCGAUCCUUGACGCUUUGGGUCAAUUGUUGUAGGACAAACAACUGUAGGACAAACAACUAGAGCCCUUUAAGAUAUAUUCAUAUAAGUUUGUAAUUUUGCAUUAUAUUUGUUGUCUAAGAAUUUGUUUAGGAAUACUGUUAUGGAUUAACCUUGGUGUUUUGGAUAAAAUUUUAACGGUGUA